GUGCAUUGCAUCACUACCCACUCGCCAUCCAUCCCAUCUCCUCUUUACAGUACCAAAACAUAUGGUGGAAAAAUCAUCACAUCUGCCGGGACGCACUACAACAAUAGACAGCAUCUAGCCCAAGAGAACCGGGGCGUCCAUCAUGUUUGCUGUCCAGAGCUCCAUGAGGCUGUGAGCGCCGUCGUGAUUUUUGACACGGGGUACCAUCACGGCAGCCGAGGAUUCUUCUCGCGACUGUCUGGGCUCUCCAUCGAGUGGGGAAGAUGGCCGCCAUGAAAAUUUUAACCAGCAGUGGGCUGUUCUUAGCGUUAUGUGCGUUGGGGUUGCUAGCCAUGGCAAUCUGCACCGACUAUUGGUAUGAGACAGAUGCGCGGAGACACCGAGAAAGGUGUAAAAACUACGCCAACAAGAGAAACGACCCGGGGUACAUCUACAUCUCAAAUAGCAAUCUCCCCCUCCAGAUGCCCCCAAAGGGCAUUGUAAGGAAAGGUAACGGUCCAAGUGCCGGAGCUCAGCCUCUUAUUAGGGAAAAACGGCACUUUCUGGCCGCAGCAUCAGCUAUGGAGUCCCACUGCAAUCGCCAGUUCAAUUCAACCAUAUCUGGGCUCUGGAGAAAGUGUCUUCGAGAUGGAUUUGACCUGGAGACAGAGGACCUCAUAUAUAAAGGUAAGGAUGCUACAGCUAAUAGCCUACAUCAGGCCCUGGUGUUAUGUGGUGCUGAUGCUGCUCACUGAGUGUAAGCAUGUUGCUCAGAUCCAAGCUCAACAUGAUCAUAUUGAUACACUGGGCAUGGGAUUAACUGAUGCUCGUAACUGUCACUGUAGGGCCGUUGCCAUAAUAAUAUUUUACAAGAGCGGCUUUUGUUCAUCAUUGUAAACUACAGUAGCCUACAGUAAAUAAUCUAGAUGGGAAUGCCAGUAGUGUCCGUGACGCCGAAGACGUGACACCUCCGUAUUUUUUACACUUUGUGUACAGCUCUGUCCAUGGUGCUGAAUUUAAUUUAGGCUUUGCGACCAGCCCGUUUGCCUUGCAGUAGCACACUAUGGCGGAGGAAGGGGGUCUUCCCUUGUAAAAGCGAAAAGGUUUUGUCUCAGGUGCUAUUUGGACAUUUCGAUUUUGCUGAGUGCAUUUGGCAUCUGUUACAUUAAAAUACUAGAUAAUGUGUUAUGGGUGAUGGGUCGACUGCCACGGGGGAGACCGAGAGAAGAGCAAAGACUGAAUUAUUGAUAAACAUCCUGGUUCGUGGGAAUUUUGAGCUGCAGGAGAGAAAAUCACAGUGCAUGGAACUCUCGCAGAACGGCCUCGUCCGAUACAUAAGAUCAGGGUUUUCUGUGCAAUGCAAUGAGGCGUUCAUGCCUGACAACUCUGAGAUUCUGAUGAAUAAUGAGAGCACGAAAGCAUCAAUGUUAUCAUAAACACAGUACCUUAAUUCAAGGGAAAUUCAGGAUACUGAACAUUUUGGAGAAUUCUCCAGAAAUUGUAGCAUGUUUGUUUACCAGGAUGUUUUCCUAAUGUAUUCAAUCAGAUUCAAACUGUCCAGAGUAGGCCUAAGAGGACAGUGAAAACAUAAAUGUUCUUGGGUUGUUCCACGAAAAUAGUUCCUUUUGCAUCCCUUUGAUAUUUGAAUUAGAAAUUGUGCACCAAUGUUGAAUUUUAAAAGCCUGUUAUAUUAAAUGAAGUGCCCUUUAAUAUAGACCACAUGGAGAAUUCAAUACAUCAGAUUUUUAUAAGAAUACAAUUCAGCAUUUUGAUGUGUCCCCUCUGUGCACCCUCUGUGACUUCUAGGAAGAUUUUAACCCCUUAACCCCAAAAUGUAUCCAAGUUUUCAGCAUCAUUGUAAAGCCCUAAUUAUUUUGUUGCUUUGAAAAAGUCAUUUCUGAAGAUUAUUAUUUAUUUCAUGUGAUUAGUGAUUCAUUUACGUUUGUCCCUCAUUUUGUUAUUCUGGAUGGCCAGCUAAGAACAAUGACAAGCUGCCAUGUGGGGAAUUGUAGGUGGCUCGUUUCAGCUAGCUUGAUCUUGUUCUUGAUACCAUGUCUUGUUUUGAGGUGUUUUGACUGAUGUCAUGUCUAUGCUAAUAUGGCCAAAAUGUGCUAGCUAGCUAACCAACAACUGUAACGAUGUAUUGAGAGACAACAAGUAAGUGCUUAUUGUGCAAAUGUAUUUGUUUUCAAUUAAACAUAGGAGAGGAAAUAUAGUUUACAUGUUGUCAACAAUCUAAGCCAACCCUGUCUGUUUUGCCCCAUAGUUGCGUAUGCAUCGGUUUUGUUAAACAACCAACCCAUCUAUAGUAAAAUCAUAGUGUAAAAACAGGUGAGCUGGUUCAAUCAUUUUUUUGCCCCUUUUCUGGUGUUUUGUGGUGGAAAACUGAGCGGGUCGAGCAUAACACGUCAACCCUAGAAAUGUUUUAACAAUGUAAUUUUUUGGGUGAAACUUGCAUUUAGUUUCCAUUCCCUGUUUCACACAACAAUCUUCCAUUCCCACUGUGAUACGUGGAUUUAUGGCUGAUUUAAGAUUAAAUCUUCAACCCUGUGAUUCAAUGCUACAUGUAUGGCAUGACAACAAACGACAGAUUAGUUGGCUAAAGCACAAACAGAUCUGGCUACCACCAGACUGUGAGACCAGAGCACAUUAAAAGUGAUUAAUUUGGCCAAUACUAUAGAUUCUCCUCAGUAACUGGGACAUGGAACCCAAUCCAGCAAUGUCUAUUUCAUCCCUCAGGCUGCUAUAGUUCCAUAUGAGGUUGUGAACUGUUGGCUCCAUGUUUUAGCCUGCAUACAGUAUCUUAGCUUCCGUAGCUGAAUGUUUGCAGCUGAAGUUCAGGUGUGACUUUUGACAACUCUAUCACAUUUGGUGGGUCAAUACCAACGUUUUGGCGAUAUCCCUGCCUCAACAUUGGGUUCUCACAUUUGAUGACUUGUUUUUGUUGCCUUUGACCUAAAAUUGAUCAAACAAUAAAGCGAGUAGGUAGCCAGAUCUACUACUGAGCAAGUGCUUAGAAAAUUGGUCUCCAUCCAUUGCUCUUGGUCUUGAGGCUCACACCAUGUUAGAUUUAGCAGAAGUAGUCAUGGGAUAGAAAUGUCUCACCGCUCAUCUGGAUGACGUGUGCUUCCCCACCUGACACGAGAACAAUGAAUUAUGUAUUUCUGUACUCUGAACAGAGUGAACUCAAUGCUAAGGCCUUUUCAAACCCUUUUUUGAACAUUAUCACUUGUUCAUGUUUUCCUUUUUGAUUCUUCCUCUUGUUUAUGCCAGAACCAUUUAGCCAUUUCCAUCGAUGGUGACUGACUAGGCUUUAUGGCAGGGGUCUUAUUCCACACUUAAAAAAUCACGUCACAAACAUAUUCCAGCAUAAAUCUCCCUUCUCCCUGAUAACAAUUUAUCGAUCUAACAAUUAACUGUUGGUAAAUGAACUACAAUGAUUAGAGAACACAACAUCCUGGUAUAUGUGAAGAUAUUUGCAAUAAUAAUAUGUCAUUUGAGCAUAGGUGUCUAUCUCAUCACAGUGAUAUGAUGAAACAGUAAUGCAACUCUCUACUCUUCCUGUUGGUAUAAUUGGUCUGGAUACCCACCUCGCACUGAGAGAGCCUAAUUAGAGGCUGAUCUACAUGAAUGAUGCCGGAUGCUGUUUCUGCUCUGAAUCACAGCUAGCUGUCUCUCACGUUGAGAGGCACACUGAGGAUAUUGCAUGACGACGUCAUUCACAGUGACACAAAGGAACUCAUAACAAUGUUCUGUUUUAGAACUACCGUAGUGUCUACAUGCUUAACUGAGCCACCAUAUUCAGUGUGGUUGAGUAUUUUGUCUGCAAAGCAGCCUGUUUUAUCAAGAUCUUAUCAAGACUGUGUUUCUAUCCUAAUCAUAAAAUAUUUUCUUCAGGAUUGAUUCAGCGGUGCAUCCCAGUCAAGUAUCAUUACUCUUCCUCCAUCCUUCCGCGGAAUUUACCCAUCAACAUCACCAAGACCAUCCGUCAGGAUGAGUGGCAUGCACUCCGUAAGUCUGAGCCUGUCUCUGUCUAAUGGCUGUCUUACUGGCUGUACAGUAUGUCUGGACUCUCCCUGGGUUCAAUCAUUUUCUCUGUCUAUCUCUCUAGUUCUCUUUCUCUCUAACUGUUAUCUCAGGAUCAAAUACAUUUAAAGUGGCGGCCAUUGAGAGCAAUAGUAAUAAAACCAAUCCUCUCAAUUUCAUCUUCUUGUUAUCGCUGUUCACCCCUCCCUGUCGCCCUCUCUAGUUCUGAUAUCCUUCAAAAAGAUAAGGAAAACGACAUGGUUCUGUGAAGGAAGUGACAGGGAUUUGUAAGGGUGUAUGGCUCUAUUUGUGGCAGGAAUAUUUCGGUAUAUCAUAUGCUGUGAAUAUGAUUGUGCAGGCAUUGCAUUUAUGUGCUGUGCAUGCUGUAGAUCCCACUAGGCCUUCUGCUCUGAUCUCCAGUGUUCUUUGUCCACUAAAUGAUGGAGGUGUGUGUCUGUUGGUGCAGAUCUACGCAGGAUGACGGCUGGCUUUGUGGGCAUGGCCGUGUCCAUCAUCCUGUUUGGCUGGAUUAUCGGAGUGCUGGGCUGCUGUCAGCAGCAUGACCUCAUGCAGUAUGUAGCUGGACUACUCUUUCUCAUGGGAGGUAAGAGCUGGCUCCUCUCUCUGUUUGGUGUGUGUAUGUGUCUGUGUGUGUGCAUGUGUGUGUUUGUUUGAUGCAUUGUGUAGACUACAGUAGUUGUGGGUAUAUGCGCUUGUGUGUGAGAGAGCUAUAUGUGUGAACAUAUAUAGGUUUAUAUAAUAAGGCAUACAAGAAACACAUGACAUCUCUGUUUUACAUCUCUGUAAAACUCAUGACAUCUCUGGAGUGUAAAGAUGUUACCAUCUAUUGUCUGGCUGACCCACUAGGCCUACCAACAUAGGAAUGACAUAAUAUGUUAAUUAAAGUUGCUGUGAAUGAUUUAGCAGUGAAUCCCAUACGUUUCCGUUUCUCUCCUUGUCCUCCCUCAGGAACAUGCUGUAUCAUCUCCCUGUGUACGUGUGUGGCAGGCAUCAACUUUGAGCUGUCCCGCUACCCACGCUACAUGUAUGGCCUCCCAGAGGAUAUUAGCCAUGGCUACGGCUGGUCCAUGUUCUGUGCCUGGGGAGGCUUAGGCCUCACUCUGCUGGCUGGAUUCCUGUGCACCCUGGCCCCAUCCCUAAGCACCCCCUCCCGCACAACCGUCCACAAGCCCAGGCAGGAGAACGGAACCGUGUGA